AUCUGUGUGUGUGUGUGUGUUUUAUGUAAAAGGAAAUAUGAUGCAUGUAUAUUAUACACUGUCUUAUAAUGUUGUGUGGGAAUGCAGUCUAAUGGUUUCUAAUGGAGAGACCUUUAAGCCUGCUGCAUCUAAAAAAAAAGGGGGGAUCUCCAAACAAACAGCGAAGAAAGAGACACCAAGCCUCAGCACAAGACCUCAACAGGCAGAGGAUGUUGUGAAGGAGCACCUCAUGCUCCACCAGCCUGUCUUAGAUCAACGCUUCCCCAGCAGUCUGGUGCACUUGCUGAUGAAGCACCUGGUGGAUGAAAGGCUCACUGCCAUGGAGUACAGCCCGGCAUGCUCAGCUGUAGCCACCAAGCUGUCCACUUCCAUUAAGGAUGCGGCUAAAAGCCUUUCCAGUGGACGCUAUAAACUCAUUUCCCAUGUGGCCAUUGGGCAGCUGUGUAACUCUGCCAUUUCCUGCUCAAGCCACAGCAUCUGGAGUGCAGACACAGACACCUUCACAGAGUACCUGUUCAAAAACCAGCAUCUAUUCGCACUGUGUGUUCUCUUUGUCGUGUACCAAGAGUAGGCAAUGUCUUUUUCUGAAUUAUUGGUACCUUUCAAGAUAACAUAGGCAUAAUAUGCAAAUUAUGCUUUUAGGACAGUAAUUAAUAAAUUAAAAAACAUUAGAGAUUGUAUUUCUCUCAAAAACUAGAUUAAAAUAUUUAUCUCCAGACCUCUUUUCCUCUACCAAAACCUCAGAAGAGGAGUGUGUCCCAAAGAGUGUGUCCCAAUUCACCUACUUAUACUAAGGACUAAAAACAUGCACUCUUUUUUGCAA